CCCCUCUGAUUCCACCUUCCUGACAGAGCACAGAGCAGGGUGCGUUUGAUUUUGUCUCAGAGCAGGAUGUGUUGUGUUGUGAAGCAGGCAGUGCUGCUGCUGCUGUUGGCAGCGAUCAGCUGCAGUGCAGCGCCGGCCGCCGACGAAUGUGAAGGACUGCAUAAAACUCUGCCAGCGAAGGACCUGCACACGAUUUUCGGGGACUGGGUUCUGGUCUGGUCCGUCUCCGACCAUCAGCAAGGCUGGGACCUGUUGCCAAAUGUUUCCAGCUCACACGUGGAGCUCCGGCUCCUGCCCGACAAUACAACCAUCAUGUUCAACGAGAGGAACAUGUACAUUGAUAAGUCAUGUUCCAACUUCAUCAUCAACAUGUCCAUGCCCUCUGAUCCCACUUCCGACGAGCACCACCCACUGAACGUCAUCGCUGCCACGGUGGAGAAGGACGGAGUCGUUCAACCGUACAACGACUCAGGUGUAGUGGAUGUGUAUGAGAGCUGCCCAGACUGUCUGACAGCCGUCUACAAGAGCAUCCACGGUCGAUACCUGCUGAGCUACAGGAGGGAGGGACAUCAUUCGGAUGUGGAGCAGUUGAAAGCUGCCCACAGUGACCACAGGAAACAGGCCGAGUGUCUGGGAUUCCCUCAUGACAAACCGUUCAGCUACGACGGCGCCGCAGAUUUUUGUCAUAAGAAAUCUUCUCCAGAGGCCAAGCAGGAAGAGUCCUGAGUGGAGAGGAUCAACGUGCUGAACCACGAAGUGACGAUGUGUGGAGAAAAGUAAUUCACAAAUAAAAUAAAAACAGAUACUGAA